AUGUUAGCCUCUUCACCUUCACCUUCUUCCGCCGCCUUGCGUUCUCCUCUCCCCAAUCCGCGCCCGCAUCAACUCCCUCAUCCAACCGGCGCGGCGGCACACUAUGAGCCUUCUUCCGCGCCGCAAUUCAACAGCCCUCGUUCAUCACGCCUGGCCAUUGAGGAGCUUCGCUCGGCGUUGAAUCGUCAUUCCGUCGACUCGGCCUCUCCUGAAUCACCUGCAUCGUUGAAACGGCGCGCAUUGGCCGUGUCCACGGCUUCCCCGUCCUCCGCCGCUGAGAAUCUCGCCCCUAAUCCCGCCUUGGCUCUCGACUCCGAUUGCACACCCGCCCCUUCUGCGAGCCUCCCCUCCGAUACUCCAGCCGCCGUUGCCUCUGGCAAUCAAUCGACGCCGCCCGACACCGCUCAACCGACGACUGCGGACGCCGUUCACAGUCACACAUCCUCCAUGCCCGCCCCAGAGAACUCGGGGUCCAAUAAGCGCAAUAGCCAAUGUGACCAUCAUUCUCCCAAUGUGGCGGCACCCACCGAUUCAUCACAAGAUGCAGAGGUUUCACAACCCAAGCGGCGGCGGUCCUCCCGGACCGACGUCAAAAUUCUGCCGGCGCGAUACGAGGAAGUCGAGCCCCGUGACCUGGUCGUGCUGAUCUCCAGCAUGCUGAUGGAAUUGAUCCGAUUCAACGACAAGAUCCCUCUGCACCAAGGCCGCUUGACUCGAUUUCACUCCCGGUCACCGCCCCGGAUCUCCGUGCAGGAUUACUUGCAGCGUUUGACGACCCACGCGACACUCUCGCCACCUAUCCUGCUGAGCAUGGUGUAUUAUAUCGAUCGUCUCUGCGCCCUGUACCCCGCCUUCACCGUGUCGAGUCUGACCAUCCAUCGGUUCCUGAUCGUCAGUGCCACGGUGGCUAGCAAGGGUCUCAGUGAUAGUUUCUGGACAAACAAGACGUAUGCGCGCGUCGGGGGAAUUACCAUGAAUGAGUUGGCCAUGCUCGAGCUGGAAUUCCUCUUCAAAGUUCAAUGGCGGAUUGUCCCGCAGCCUGAGAUCCUGGAAGACUACUAUCAGAGCUUGAUCGAACGCUGUGAUGGGUUUGAAAUUGAGCGCGCCAGUGCGAAUCAUAGCACCCCACCCACAGCCCCUUCGACGGCUGCAGAUACUCCAUCAGCGUGA